AUGUGUGGAUUCCAAGCAGCUCCUCCUUCGCUGAGGAUAAAUAAGGUGAUAACUGAGAUAGAACUUCCUGCCCCUCAUGCUACCAUCUGUCCACAAGGUACAAAAGGUGCAUCAGCACCUUCUCUGGCUCCCUCUGCUUCCAAAGAGGAAGAAGGCAGCAGUGAGCUUCCUGCUGCACUGGGGGAUGAGGGCGAACACCCUGUGCUUUGGGAAUACAACAGCAAGGCUCCCGCAGUGUGGGAAGACAGUGGACAUCUCCCGGCAUGGGAGGAGGAUGGUGAAUGUCCCUUGGCAUGGGACGAGGAUGGCCAAGCUCCCACGGCGUGGGAUGAGGGCGACGGAAAUCUCCCGGUGUGGGACAAGGACAGAGGACAUCCUGGGGCUUGGGAAGAGGAGGGUGAACAUCUCCCAGCACGGGAUGUGGAUGGUGAACAUCCCAUGGCUUGGAAAGAUGAUGGCGAAUCUGCAACAUUUUGGGAAGAGGAUGGAGAACCUGCAGCAUUUUGGGAAGAGGACAGGGAACCUCCCUCUGCUUGGGAAGAGGACACUGAACCACCCUCCACUGCAGGAUCCUGGGCUGAACAUUGUGACAGCAGCACAGCCCUGCAGCCAGAGGACAGAGGGGAGUGGUGCCUGGUGCAGCUGUUCUCAUCUUCCACGUGGUUUCUUUCAGGGAACAUUGUGAGCGUAGGGGAGCCUGCUGAGAAAUACCUGGAACUGGAGCAGAUUGGCCAAGGGGCUUUCGGAACUGUUUAUAAAGGACUUGACAGGGCCAUGGGAGGAGAGGUGGCCAUAAAGAAAAUGAGUCUCAGAGAGCAGAACAGGGAACAAGUUGUGAAUGAGAUCCUGAUCCUGAAAGCCAAGAAGAACCCCAACAUUGUCAACUCUUUGAACAGCUUCCUUGUGGAUGAAGAUCUCUGGCUGGUGAUGGAAUACAUGGAUGGAGGAACUUUACAGGACAUUGUCAGGCAGACAUUCAUGGCUGAAGGAGAGAUGGCAGCUGUCAGUCGGGAGUGUCUGCAGGGCCGGUUUCUCCAUUCCAACCAGGUGAUCCACGGAGAUCUGAAGAGCUCCAACAUCCUCCUGGGGAUGGACGGCUCUGUCAAGCUGACCAGGCACGCCGAUUUUGGCCUCUGUGCUCAGCUCAGCCCUGAGCAGGACCAGCGCAGCUCCAUGGUGGGCACUGCUCACUGGAUGGCCCCAGAAGUUGUGACCAGUUCUCCUUAUGGUCCCAAGGUGGACAUCUGGUUCUUGGGCAUUGUGACCAUCGAGAUGGUGGAAAGAGAACUUCCUUACUUCAAGCAAACAGGGGCUAUGGCUCACACUCUGAUCCAGCAGGACAGGACCCUGCAAGCUGCAGGAGCCCUGGCGCCUGUGGGUCUGCUGCGGGACUUCCUCGAGUGCAGCCUGGAGCCGGAUGAGGAGUGGCGCUGCUCUGCCCAGGAGCUGCUGCAGGUGAGCGCGAAGCAGCUGCGGGGGAAACAGCAGAGAGAGGGAGCGGUUUUCUGGGGGGCCUGCCAAGAAAAUAAUCUCCGAAUGUUGCAUUUGAGCUAUAGGAGAGCCGUGAAAAAGAUAAUGCAACAUAAUUCUUCGUGUAAUGGGGAAGCACAAGAGAGAGCUUUUAUUUAAAAAACCACUACACUUGUAUAGGGUAGUUCGUGCCAUACAGAAUCGAAAAGGCUCAUUGGUCCAAGAAGGCAACACCUCUUUGAAAAUAUGCUUUUAUGAAAACAUCACAUGUUUAUGAAAACGUGUCUCACGUUUCCAGCAGGUGUUUAAUCAUUGUUAAAAUUUCUUGUCCUUGAGCAGCCUAAGAAUGGGCUGCUUUCUUGGCUCACAGCAGUAAACUAAUGACAUCCGAUAAUCUGCAGUCUUGCUGCUUUUUGCACGCAAAUCAAGCAGAAUCCUCGCCUGCUUUGGCUUGGCUGGGUCUUUCCGAAGUCACCUGGACCUGGUGACCCACAACAAGCAGGGACAUCUUCAAGUGAAUCAGGUGGCUUGGAGCCGUGCCUGAUCUGGGCUUGGAUGCUUCCAGGGAGGAGGCACCUCCCACAUCUCUGGGCACCCUCUGUCUGUGUUUCCCCAUUCUCCUGGUAAAAAAAUUCUUCCUUAGACCUAAUCUGAGCCUGCUUCCCUCUCUUGAGUUGCAAAUCAUUCCCCUUGGUCCAGGAACUUGACUCUGGAAAAUAAAGGUUCAUUUCUUUCUUUUUUAUCCUUUGGGCAGCACCCAUUUUUAUCAACAGCCAAGCCUCUCUCCAGCCUGACCCCUCUGAUCACUGCAGCAAAGCAACCGUGGGUUGCAGGCCUCUGCAAAGCAGCGCAGGAGAUGAAGCACUUGAGAACAGCUUUGUGUUACAGUAGUUCGGACUAGUUAGUUAUGGUAGUUAGCACUGCCAGUUAGGGUCGCUAGGAC